AUGCAAAAAAUUACUUGCCUGUCAAAUUAAAUUGUUGCUUACUUCGAUAUUGCCCCUUUAAAUUUAAAUUAACUUUCAAAUAAAUAGUAGAAUUAUAACAAUUUUCUCUGCCAACUGAAUAUGGCGUAUGAAGCCUUGCUUGCCAUUUUAAAUAAGGCAAAUGAUUCAACAAAAGUUAGUUAUUAUACAAGAGGACUUAAUUAACUUAUUAUAUAUUUUCUUAAUCAUAAAAUAAAAAAAGAUUAAGGAUUUUAAUUAAUGCUUUAUUUUGUAUCAAAAUUUUAUGAAUUUUAAUAAAUAUGA